AUGUUCUCCCACCUCCUGACCGCCUGCCUGGCUGUCUCCGCCGCGGCCCUGUCGCUGCCCAACAUCUCGAGCACUCACGAAACCGCCUUUUCGCUGCCGGCGCACACGCCCGUGAUCGGGCCACAACUCCACGCGACCUGCAACUCCACCAACACCGCGCAGCUUACCGCGGCACUCCAGGACACAGCAGAGCUGUCCCUCGUAGCGCGGCAGUACCUGCUCGAGAACGGCCGCACCGAUCCGGUCUUCACGAAGUACUUUGGCGUCAAUGGAACUACCGCUCCCGUCGUGGGCGUGUUUGACAAUAUUGUGUCGGCGAAUAAGCCCGGUGUGCUGUUUAGGUGUGAUGAUGUUGAUGGGAACUGUGCGAGGGACGCCACCUGGGCCGGCCACUGGCGCGGCAGCAACGCCACCUCGGAAACCGUCAUCUGCGAUACUUCGUACGUCAAGCGGCUGCGGCUGGCGCAGAUGUGUACGCAGGGCUACACCGUUGCGGGGAGCAAGACCAAUGUCUUCUGGGCGAGUGAUCUUUUGCACCGUCUCUUCCACGUCCCUUCAGUGAGCGAAGACGCGAUCCACCAUACCGCCGACGGAUACGCCGAGACGCUGGAGCUGGCGACGCACGAGGACGGCGAGGCCGUGCACAACUCCGACUCGCUGCUGUACUUUGCGCUCGAAGUGUAUGCGCUGCGUGUUUCCGUGCCGGGUGUGGGGUGCUUGGGUACUGCUGUCGCAAAGAAGCCGAGCCCGAUGACUACUGCCAUCGCGACUCCUGCGGCAGCGACGACGUUGGCAACUACCACCAUGCCCAAGAAGGAGUGCCAUACCCACGCUGAUGGAGCUGUGCACUGCUAGUGCUAGUGCUCCUCAGAGGAAUGGAUGGAUAGAUGAUUGGAUGGAUGGAUGUGCGAGUGCUCCAGUGAGAUACCAGGUCGUGG